AUGAAUUAUUAAAUACUGUUUUAUACACAAAUCAUCCAAAACAUCUGGUGGAUUAUCGGGUCAUUGGUUUUUUAUGAUCCUAAUGAAUAUUUCAUUUGUGGUCUAUCUAUAGCAAUCAUCAUUAUUCGGAUAAUUCUAAUUGUAUUGGAGAAAUGGGUGAAGGAAACACUCCUAUAUCAAAUUUUAUAUUUGCUCCUUAAUUGUUUGUAUACGGAAGUAAGUAUAAGAAUGCCGAUGAAUAAUCCCUUUGUUAAUCAUUCAAAUUCAAUCAUGAUUAUAGCCAACUAUUGUUAUGCAAACACAGAUUAAUAGCAGAAUAUUCAAAUUAUAUCAAAAUUAGGAUUUCCAGUUUAUUCAAUUCUAAGAACGCUUUCCAUCACAUUCAUUUAAUCCAAUUAUACAAUAUUGGAAAGCUGUCUCAUCAAUCUGAUAUUUUUAUGCCUCGUUACCCAAGACUUGAUAAUGUCUAAGAUCGAUGGAACCUAAAGUGCUACAAAGUAACUUAAUUUAAGUGAUCAACAUAAUUUCAAUUCUCAAUUUAUGACAUUUGUUCAAUAAGAUUCCAGAAGACAGUCGUUUGGAGCAUCCUUCAAAAAAAGCAGGACUCAUUAUUCACAAUAACCUUAGGAGAAACAAGAAGUCUUUUCCAGCAUUCCUUUAAAUAAUAAACCUUAUACAACCGAAGACAAUAUAAGGAACUAAUUUCCAUCAAUGCAGAAGAAAAAGAGUUUUAAUAAAAAAAUUUCAAUUGUUAGUGUGGAUAAAGCAGAUCAGCCUCUUCACACAUUUUUCUAGAAUUUAAUAAAUAGUAUUUUCUCUGCAGGAGUAAUAAUAUUGAAUUAAAAUUAAAAAGUAACCUUUAUGAACAAUAAGUGUGAAAAAUUACUAGGAUAAAGAGGAACUGAUAAAGUGUUGGACAGCAUCAAAAAAAUUAUACUAGAGAAUUCUUUAUUAGAAGAAGAUGAAUCACCUUUAACAUCCAUUCCUCCUCGAUCUUAGGCUUAGAUGAAUAAGGCAACAUUUGAACGAAUUCUAAAGUAACAUCGGAACAAUCAAUAAGAGUUAAAUAUCUUUGAUGCCUUUUUGCAUCCUCAAAACUACUUAAAUUCACUGUAUUAAACAGUUUCUCCAAACUAUGAAUUUGAUUAGAGGAGUAGUAUGUCCGAAUCAUUCAAUGAGACAUUUGUCCAAAGGAAAGAUGUUGUUACUUAUGAACACAUCAUGAAUCAAGAGGGGUGCCCUCUUAAGAAGUUAAGAAUCGUAAUUAUUCCCACCUAUAUGACUUCUUCUUAGCAGGAUUAACUUUCUUAACCCUCAUUACAGAAGGUCCUCAUUAACAAGGCUACCAACAUAGAUGCAGUUCAGCCUAUCAUUGUUAUCAAAAUCAAGAAUAUAACUAAGAAACACAAAAUUGAGCAGAUGAAUAAGGAAAAAGAGACUCAUAAUUCACUACUAAAAUCCUUUUCUCAUGAGUUGAAAACACCGUUAAAUAGUUGUUAGGAUAUGUUACUGAUCAUUAAGGAUAGGAUACAGGAUUAAAAAUUGUAAGUUUGUGUUGAAAUAGCUCAUGUUUCAAUUAUCUUUCUUAUUCAUUAAAUAAAUGACAUUUUAGAUUAUGCAGCUAUGUAAUCGAAUACUUUUAAAUAUAGAUAUACUCUAUUUAACAUGUAAGAGUUGAUAGAAGAUAUUAAAUAUAUUUAUAACGGUUAAUUGGAAUCUAAGAAAAUAGAAUUUAAUAUCAAAAUAGAUGAUAGAGUGAACAAUUUGAAUAUACGAUCUGACAAAUAAAGGAUCAUGCAGGUACUUAUCAAUUUGCUAAACAACUCUAGUAAAUUUACUCCUCAAGGAGGUAAAAUAGUACUAUCUAUCAAACCAGUUGAAAAUCACCUUAUCAAAAUUUAAGUGAAAGACUCAGGCAUUGGCAUUGGAACUGAAUAACUGUCAACCUUAAGAAAGGUUCUGACCAGCUCUAUGGGAAAGAGUCUUCAUCGUUCAAGAAUUAAGAAGAGUCUAGGAUUAGGAUUAAAUAUUUCUGCCAGAAUAGUCGAAGGAUUAGUUUAAAAGUAUGAUGGCACUCUAGAAAUCAAUUCCAAACACAAAAAUUAAGGAACUAAAAUAUAUUUUAAAAUAGAAUACCAAAUGUCCUUCAGAGACGAAACUCUAAGAAAUCCGAUGAUCUCUGAAUACACUAACAAACAUAACACUUAUAAAUAAAUGAUCUCAUAAAAUGAACCUAGUCAAUUAGAACAGGGAGGUUAGAGUUUGUUAAGAUAAUAUUCAGAGAAUUCUAAAAGUCUUGAACAGAUGUCUCCCUCUAAACAGAGUAAAAACACAAAGAGUAGAUUCUACAAAUUAAUGCCAGCAAGUUAGACUGAGAGUUCCCUUGAAAUGGUCGACAAUGCUGUAUAUAAUAUAGAAUUACCAAUAAGUCCUGAUUAUUUUAGAUACAAAUCUCAAACCUAAAGUCGCACUUGCUAAUUGUGCACUCAAUGCAUUCAAGUUUUAAUUGUGGAUGAUGUCCCAUUCAAUUAGAUAGCACUGAAGGCAUUAUUGCUACAUUAUUAUAAAAUAUAGGCAGAUUAAGCAUAUGAUGGAUAUUAAGCCAUAGAGAUGGUUAAGAAAUAAACAUUAAAGCACUGUCAAUAUUAUGCUUUGAUUUUUAUGGACAUUGAAAUGCCAGGAAUUAAUGGAUUCUAAGCAACAAGAGAAAUACUUGAAAUUACAUAAGCCUCUACUGAGAUUGUGAUGUGUUCAGCUUAUGAUACGGAAGAGAACUUUAGGGAGGGAGAGGAGGUGGGAAUAUCUGAGUUCUUACCAAAACCUGUUCACUAAAAAGACUUGGAACGGAUUUUAAGACAAUUUAGUUUGAUAUGA